AUGCUGGCUCAACAGUGGCGCUUUGUGAUGGGAAUUGGCAUCGGCGCCGAAUAUCCCCUUAGCGCUGUCAUUACCUCAGAAUGGUCAAGCACUCAGUCUCGGGGAACCAUGAUCUCUUCCACGUUCAUGAUGCAGCCCAUCGGCCAAGCUCUCGCCCAGCUUGUUGGUCUCUGGGUACUUCUCGGCCGUGAAAAGAGUGAAGGUCUGCAGGCUAUGCAGUGUGGCCUCGAUAUGAAGUUCGACAAGGAAUGUCGCCGCACCGUGGAUGGUAUCUGGCGUAUUGUCAUCGGUUCUGGCGCUGUUCCCGCUCUGCUGGCCAUCAUAUUCCGUUUCUUCUUGUUCGACUGUGGACUGUACAGUCUUGAGGUCAGGAAUAAGCCUGGCAUAGCCCUGAGAAACACACAGAGGGUCUACGGUGCUCCUCCUGGGACAACGGCGGGGUAUCCCAUGAGCCCCAACGACGGCAUGCAUGCUACAAAUUCGCAGCAACCCAUGCCUAUUCAGUUCUCAAAAGACGAUUUGUACAAGUAUUUCAUUGAGGAUGGGAACUGGUACUACUUGCUGGGCACCGCUGCGACAUGGUUCUUCCUCGAUGUAAGCUUCUAUGGCCUCAGUUUGGACAACAGAGGUACUCUAUCCGACAUGUGGGCGACUACAGGGCCGACGAAAAUCGAUGAUAGAUUAUCGUGCUGGAACUCCAAGUUCCCGGACGGGAACGCAACAGCACGGGUUUGGGGCCGGACAGGGCUUCCUGUCUGGCAGACGGACGCGACACUGCCCUGCAACACAAUCUACGACGUGCUCCUGGAGCAGGCGAAGCAGUACCUGCUGACCGUAUCCAUUCCUUCCAUCGCGGGCAGCGCCUGCUUCGUCAUGGCCGCCAACCGUAUCCCUCGCAGGCUUUGGCUGACAGUUUCCUUUUUCGUUCUGGCUAUAUUGUUCGUAAUUACAGGUUGUGUGUACUAUGGUGUCAACCGUACCUCUGCCGCACCAGCGACGGUUGUGUUUGUGGCGUUGUGUCAUUUCAUGUUCAACUUUGGGGCGAACACUCUGACCUUUAUGAUUCCAGCCGAAAUCUUCCCAACAUGCUAUCGCUGUACAUGCCACGGCAUCUCCGCUGCCGCCGGAAAGUUGGGCAGCAUCGUGGCCCUCCUCGUCGUCUACGGGAUCAACUCGUCCUACAAAGCCGAAAACCGCCAGGGGCUCAUUUUCCUGCUCUUCGGCUCUUUCGUCGCCGUCGGCGCCGUCUUCUCGUGGGCAUACCUGCCCGAUUCGCAGCGAUGGGUCGUGAACGAGGAGGGGCGCCGCGUACUGGAGCAAAAGACGCUAGAGGAGCUGGGCGAGGGCCGCGAGAGAGCGCGGCAGCUGGGGGAGGUAAUCACCGUCAAAGAAAAGUGGCAUGAUCUAAAGCGAAGGAGAGCGUCGCCAGAGCCAUCUCAGGCUACGGACCCAUGA